GGUGCCGGUGCGCCGGUGUAUCUGGCGGCGGUGCUAGAGUACCUGACGGCCGAGAUCCUUGAGCUGGCCGGCAACGCUGCUCGCGACAACAAGAAGACCAGAAUCAUCCCCCGUCACCUUCAGCUGGCCGUCCGUAACGACGAGGAGUUGAACAAGCUGCUGUCCGGCGUCACCAUUGCUCAGGGCGGCGUUCUCCCCAACAUUCACGCCGUACUUCUCCCCAAGAAGACCAGCAAGGCUCAGUAAUUUCCAGACGGAGGCCCACAUCCCCAAACCCCGGCCCUUUUCAGGGCCACCCACAUCCUCUCGAAAGAACUGUAUCAUCAUGCCUACCCUCUACGAUUGUUGUACAAUAAAGUAAUAAAAAA